UGUCUCGUAGAGGCGUAUCGUGUUGAUGAUUAUUGGUGUGGAGAAGUGUAAAAUACUGCCGGUAGAACAUCUAGUACUCUCGCGGUGCUGAGAGGGCGGGCUCAUUCCCCUUUAAGCCGCUACGCACAGGUUGUAUUCGCCGGUGAGACUAAACAGAAGUUGUAUACGGACGGAUAAAUGGUCAAACACAUGAGAGGAAACAACAACAAAAGGAAUAUAUUGGGAACAAGGGCAUGUAUGAGUGGUGAGAUGUCAUCAUUAGAGGAUAUCUUUUCCACGAACCAGUGCCCGACUGCUGUCUUUACCUCCCGAGGCAGUGCUGUCACUCCAAACGGUGACAGUGGAGUAUGCAAGAUUGUGAAACGGCAUGGUGUGGAGGGGGAAAAGCCGAUGAUUGGGGACAGGGUGUUCGUCCACUACACCGGCAGACUCCUCAGUGGAAAGAAGUUUGACUCCAGUCUAGACCGCAAGGAGCCUUUUGUUUUCAAUGUGGGAAAAGGUCAAGUUAUCAAGGCGUGGGACAUCUGUGUGUGUUCCAUGCAGAAAGGAGAGGUGUGUUUGAUGCUCUGCAAGCCUGAAUAUGCAUACGGUUCUGCUGGCAGCCCCCCAAAAGUCCCUCCCAAUUCCACACUCGUGUUCGAGAUCGAGCUCCUGAGCUUCCGAGGGGAGGAGCUUACAGAAGAUGGUGGGAUCGUAAGGAGAAUAAAGGUCAAAGGUGAAGGCUACAGCAAUCCAAAUGAAGGCGCCACUGUCCACGUGCACUUGGAGGGCUGGUGCGGAGGUCGGCUGUUUGAUUCGCGGGAUGUCACCUUUGCGGUGGGAGAAUCGGAGGACGUGGGUGUUCCUUUAGGAGUGGACAGAGCCAUGGAAAAACUCCAAAAGGGGGAAUGCUGUUUAUUAUACCUAAAGCCCAAAUAUGCCUUUGGCAAAGAGGGCAGAAAAGAACACGACAUCGGAUCAAAUGCAGAACUACUAUAUGAAGUGACACUGAAAGACUUUGAAAAGGCCAAAGAAACAUGGGAAAUGGAUCUCAAAGAGAAACUGGAACGUGCUGUUUUAGUCAAACAAAAAGGGACACAGUAUUUCAAGGCAGGACGGUACAACUAUGCUGUAAUUCAGUACCAGCGGAUCGUAAACUGGUUGGAGAUGGAGUGCGGCAAUGGAAAGGAGCAGCUUCAAGCCAUCCAGGCUCUUCUCUUAGUGGCGCAUCUGAAUCUGGCCCUGUGUUACCUACGGCUGCGCGAAUACUCUCAAACAGUGGAGAACUGCAACAAGGUUAUGGAGCUGGACCCCGAAAAUGAGAAAGCUCUGUAUCGGCGAGGCGAAGCGCGUCUGUUACGCAACGAGUUCAGCCUGGCACUGAUGGACUUCAAGCAAGUUUUGCAAGUCAACUCCUUUAACCGCGCAGCCCGCAGCCAAAUCCUCAUCUGCCAGCACAAGAUUCGUGAGCACCAUGAGCGGGACAAGAAAAUCUAUGCAAACAUGUUCCAGAGGUUUGCUGAACACGAUGCUAAGGUGUGCCGAUUGAAACGCAAAAAAGAAGAGAGCGUGAUUUCAGAUCAGAAUAAGCAGGGACUAAAGAGAGCUCGACUCAGUCAGGACGGCUCCUAAAACUCAUCUGACUCUGGAGGCGCGAGACUGGGGGAAUGGCUGGCCCGUUCUCGACUUGAGUCAUGACAGGGGGACAUGGGUAGAGGCAUGGACGUGCCCUCCUUUUUACACCCUGACCUCAUCAUCUCUCAGACAAAUGCUGGGAAAGAUCCUAAUAAAGGUUCAUGGACACGGAGGAGCUGCAAACCUUAAAGACAUUCCUACCAACAACAGAAAAACCAAAGCGCACAAUUCUGUGACCACCCGUAAAAGCUCUAUGCUGCACGCUUCAGCUCUCCGACUGGCAUUCAUCCGCUGCAUUAAUCAAUGGCGAAAGCGAAAGGUUUAAUGUUAUAUGGCAUAACAGACUUGAAUACAGCUGUGUACCCUUACCAUGUACUGUACAGUAUUCAGUCUCCACUUUGUGCAAAUUAGGAGUUCAAGUUUGGGUCGUGUACUGAAGGCUUGACGUUUUAUUAUUAUUAUUUUUUUGUAUCAUACUUUUUGUUUAAGCGAUAUUUAGAUGACCAUAGUGAAUAGCUGGACCUAAAAGUGCAAUCGUCCCUUUGGGGAAAAAACAAAAACUAUUUGCGAAUCUCCCAGCUGUGUUUAUCAUGGAGUCGCAGCAGGCCCACGUUCACAAACACACUGCUUUUUAUUCAUUUGAUACUUUUGAGAGACUUGUGCAUGCUUCUUUACUGCAAACCUGGGAUCGGUUAGUUUCAACCUGCAAACCCUGGUAGAUUUACUUGACUGAAGUUCUAUAUAUUUUUUCCAUUUCAGUGCAAAUGCUUUUUAGACAGAUCUUUUGAUGAGAUAGGAAUAUUUCAACUGUUCUUUUCAGACCCGCUUGUUCGUUUGAUCAAAUACUAACUAGUGUUGUUUGCAUGUUUUCAGUAUGUUUCCCAUGUUUUAGACAGUUUUAAUAAUAAUAAUAAUAAUAAAAAACUGUUUGGUAACUUUUUCUGUUUACAGUUUGAUGCAUUACAGCAGGCCUGUCAAUAAAUAUAUAUAUAUAUAUAAA